CUAUUUCGAGCGAAAAGAAUAUCAAUGGUUGUGGUCCAUCAGGAAUUUAGCUCCUGCUGCUCCAGCAUUGUUGAAUACAUCAACAAUGUGUAGCAACACUGUCGACUGUUGGAAUUGCGGAGCUGCGGAGCGAAUACAUGGUUCGCCUUACUUACAAAGCGGCUGGGAAGUCCAUCAUGAUCAAAAUAUAAGAUACGAAUCAGCUCAGUAGUCAUGUUGUGAUGUCGGUUUGACAUGAAAGGUUCAAAGCUAUAAUUCAUCUUGCUGUAGGAAGAUUCUCAGGAAACAGCUGCCUUGUUUUACGGUGCAGCUCAAUCACACGCACGUUAGCUAAAACGGAGAUGUUGCUCUGUGACAGAACAACUCCCCAGAUAUCCAAACGGGAUAAGUAGAGAGAUUGCGGUGCACCUGACAUUGCGAUCCAUUUUGCUGGCAGGGCUCAGUCCAAGGCUCGCUAGAAGGUGACAGUUGCUUGAGCUGAUCACCGAUCAGCUCACACGAGAUUACUAAGUAUAGGCUGGAAAGAGACUCGGAACAAUCGGCAUGAUGUAAGCUUGCUUAAUGUGAAAAGAACGAGAACACCAUGAACCACAGCCACCCGUCUUUCUGGUCACUCUCCUCGGGAUUCUUCAGCUUUCUACGGUUGCAACGAGCAAUUAUUCUCCAUUAUUCGAGACAACGAAGUAACGGGCCAGAUUUCAAAUCUCCUGUGCGAGUCGGGGAGGAGGUUCUAGCUAAAAUAUGUUGAAACGGGAUGCUUUUGUGACAGGAAAUGCAAGCCCUCCUAACGAUCAUGUCGUCGUAGUAACGUUGAGGGUGCAUCUCGUUACGGUCACUCUUCAGUACACGAGGACGAAUGGAUCAGACCCUUUCAGUUGGGUCUGAUCUCGAGCUCGAGAGCGUGGUGGAGGAAUAAUUUUGAGUCUUCACCUUCCGUGCUCCGAGUUGGCCUAGCAGGCCUGUUCAACUGAGGGCCACUGAUCAACGACCAAAUUCUCGUUGUCCUCGAUAGAGUCGUAACAUAUGCCAGUCGCCGACCGACAUAUACAGUGCAUGAACAGACUUGACAUCCAGCUUGCUAACAUGAAAGCGUAUCGGGAUAGAGGCGAAGGUCAGGAUAUCUAUGGAGGGCAAACAAAACUCGCCAUCCAAUUCUCAAACUGUGGAAUUCGAGAUCUCCAUGAAGAUCUAGAAAAUGCCCCAGCAGAGUCGGAGGUACUAGACAGCUCAGCUUCUGAAGCCCAAGCUCGCAGGGAAGAAGAAGAAGAAGAGCCAAGGGUUGACCGAGCAGAAGGAUCAAGAGUGGAGGUUGAGAGUGUUCAACGAGGGCUAUUGGAAGUCGAAGUACGACGACAGGGUCAAGAUCGGCCUCGAGAGAGUUCAGCGCAAUCUGAUAUAAAAAGUCAGAAAGUGGUAACUCUAAUUCAAGAUCUCAAAGAGAUUGUUAAAAGAUACUCACAUCGGGAGAGCGUCAGUAGUGUAAGCCAGACAGUUUUUGAUGAGUAUGCAGUGGAACGUGUUCUUGAAGACGACUUGCAGAUUUUCUAUCAUGAUCCAGCUGAGAGGAAGAGGUUUGAGCAUGAUGCAGCUGAAUAUUCUCAAGCACCAGAUGAGUGUGUACAGUUAUCGUGUCAGGACGUUGCCAGAUACUGCAGACAUGUUCCUUCCGAGUUUGUAGUUCCUGAGAACUCUCGACUCUGUUUACAAUUGCAAGACCAGCAAUGGCCACUUCAAGCGGACAUGGAUAUUCCAGUCAUAAGCCUCAUGCCUCUCAUGGCAGAGGAGAUGGCUUCAGAGGAAGAAAUAUUUCUACUGAAGUGCCACAUUUCUGAAGCAUGUAGGGAGUGGGGAGUUUUCCAGGUCCUGGAUCAUGGAAUCCCGAGAUCGGUGCUGGAGAGUGCACUACACGCAGCCCGGGGUUUCUUCAACCUCCACGAGGAACUUAAGAUGCGUUACUCGUUCAGCCAAUAUCUUGAUGGAAGCGGUUAUGGCGGAUGGAAAUCAAUCCAUGCACGUAACUGGGGCGACAAAGUGCUGCACGUACUUCAUGUGGACAAAACGCUGGAGGAAAACGAUCUGCCUGAGCAACCUCCUAGUUAUGGGGAAAUCAUACUGAAGUACGCAAAAUUAGUCAUGGUGAUGCACAUGCAGUUGAUUGAUGCUUGUGCACAAAUUCAGGAUGUGGAUGUAACUGACUUGGAAGCGGCUCUGAAAGAAGAAUGUCUGAAUAUACUUUCAAAAUCCUACAGCACCCCACCUCAGGACACUCUGCAACAAAGUUUCUCUAUAGAUCGCAGAGCUGCUACGGUUUAUGACGUGGGGUCUUCUACUUCAGAUGCUGGAAGAGCUGAAAUUCAUGAAGACGAGGACAAGUACACUGACGCAAUGGCACUUAGUGUGAAUUACCAUCCACCUUGCCCCCAUCCCGAGCUCGUGUUAGGCAGCGAACCAUGCUUUGCUCGAUGUCCAUUCGAGAUAGUCCUGCAAAAUGAGGUUCUCGGCCUACAAGUUUUCAAAGAAGGUCGAUGGCGGACUUUGAAGCCUGAGCCAGAUGCUCUUGUAGUGAUUGUGGGAAAAGCAUUAGAGAACGUAUCAAAGGACAUGGUAAGCCAGUAUAAGGCAGUAAUGUUCCGAACACUCUCGAACAAGGAAAAGGAUCACUUCAGUAUACAUUCAGCACACGGUGUGUAUGUAGAUAGUCACGUGAAUUUUCAUGUCCCAAAAGGAUAAUGAUGUUGAGCAAGUACUUAAUCUCCGCAGUAAAUCUGGACAUACGUAUAGGCAGUGUACAUUGCAAGCACCUCUGAUCAUAAUAAGUCUUCAAAGGUUCUUGUGAAACCUCAAUAUUACAACAAGAAUGAGGUGAAAUUGAACUAGUAGGAUCCAUUGCAACAGAGAUAUGUAUAAAGGACAUAUUUCUAGAAAUAAUGUAUAGCUUAUGUCCAAGACCUUGAUCUGAUACAAUUGUGCAACUUUUCACACCGAAAUUGAUUGGCCAACCAAGUUCUGAACACUGAAAGAAGUAGAUAUUAAAGAUAUCAAAGAUAUAGAUUAUGUACAUGUUCACCUAAAAGCCCUGAAGACAUCAUACAAGGCGGCACAGGAUUGCAAAUCUCAGAUUAAUCUAAAAGCACCUAUAAAUGAUACAAGCUCUGACUCUGCUACCUCUUCUUCGGUGUAAACGUAAAAGGAUCAAUACCAGCUGCCAUGCGCCGGGCAGCAAAAGCUAAAGUGAACCUCUCAUCUUCGGUAAGAGGCCUUUCUAUGACUUUGAUAGUGUUCAGAUC